AUGUCCGCCCCUGAGAAGAAGUUAGUUCGCUCCAAGAGUGGAUUGCGGAUGAUUCCUGUAAACAACAUGGACAUCAGUCCAUUUACAGUUAGUGAACCACCCUGGGUACCGGACAGUGAGUGUUUGGUAUGUAUGAACUCGUCAUGCAGAGUCAAGUUUGAUUUCCGCAGGAGAAGGCAUCACUGUCGAAGGUGUGGACGAUGUUUCUGUAACUCCUGUUGUGAGUCCAAAGUGCCUCUGAUCCGCAUGUGUUUCAUAGACCCAGUCCGUCAGUGCAAUGUUUGUGUAGAGAUUAGCCGAAAAGAAAAUGAAUUCUUCGAUAAACAUUUGAAAACUCUGUGUAAUGGUGGUGACUUUGUGUUAAAAGAGUCUGGAGAAGAGAUCGAGGAUAGCUGUUCAACAUUCCGUUGUAAAUUAACUACAGACAACAGAACUGUCACAUUUGACAGUAAUCAUGACAAACAUGAGCCAGUACAGAUGGCAAAAUUAGAAUCUGUCCAGAUAUUGACCAGUGGAGUGGACUCCGAAGGGAAUAUGGUGGCAUCUGGCAUCGCUAUGAAAUACCACAAUCACAAUUCAGAUAAAAAUAUGGUGAAACUUGUCAUCAGCCCAACCAGCACAACCAAACGAGAAGGACAGAUGUGGAUAGCAGCCAUGCAAAAGGCUUUUAAGCUGAUACAUGAAGCUCGAAUGACAGAAAAACCAUGAGUGAUGUUGAGUUGUGAAAUGAUGUUAAUCAUGCAAGCAAGAAAUGAACAGAUAUUGGCUAGUUUGUUGGCAAAACAAAUUUUCUCUUCUCUAAAUAAUUGUAUGCUUUCAAAAAGCAAUAAGGAUUUACUAAGAUUUUGAAAUGAGCAGAAAAGAAAUGACUAUCAAGUCUGAGAUAUGAUUAUAUAACUUCUUAAACUACAAAGUGGAUUUUUCCAAAAAAAUUACACAUAACACUUACACGUUGUGAUAAAUUUUUGUAUGUUAUAUUUAAGAAGUAUUUGUGCACUUUCUGUCACUUUAGAUGAACUAUUUAAGGAGUUAUGGUGCCUAAAUUUUAGUACACACCUUUGUUUUGCCAGAUUUCCAUUUUAAGAAUCCUGAUAUUUUUCAAUGAAAGGUAACAUGAAGUAGUGGAGAUGUAUUGUAAGGGAGACAACUCCAGCACAAAUCAUAAUUGAGUCACAAACAAGAUUAAAACAGAAAUGGCUACAAAAGUCAUGAUAUGGUUACUUUCUUGAAAUUUCCACUUUUUUUAAAUGAAAAAGGAAGCAGUUUGUAAAAUGAAAGCUAAUAGGCUUUUAGGUUAGAUAUAAUAGGGUAAAAUUUGUCUUUCAGGAAGUCAUAUUUUGUACCCGUUAGCAAUAUGACGAUAUGAUGUAAAUGUCUUUCACAAGAAUGCUGUUUUGAAUCCGUUUGUUGAAAAAUGUUUAUUAGUUACGCCCCAUACUCUCAACUACUAAUGUUGUUUUGUUAUAAAACUGUCUAUUUAACUAUCUUACAAAAUAUUGAUUUUUUUGAUGCAAGAAAAUUUGAAGACAUUUCCUGAUAUUUCUCUGCAUCUGUUGGACACAAGUAAAUUAUGGUCUACAUAAUGUAUGUUGGUUGUUUACAGUUAUCUAUGUAAUUAUGUACACGGACAUAAACAAUUUUUUGACGCCUGGUGAUUUUAAAGGCUUAGAGCUAUAAUUUCUGUUCGAUUACAUGGAUAUGUAUCUUCGCUGCCACCCUAUUUCCAAAUUAUAAGUGGGCAACAUCCUCAGCUUUACCUCUGAUGCCAUCUUGUUGUCAAGAUCAGGGAGUUUCAACAUAAUGUGUUCCUAAGUUCUGUAAAUAAAUAUUGAAUCAUGACAUACAAACAGCACGAUUUAUCAUAUUGCAUUUUGGUGCAGUUGAAAAUCUCAUUCUAAGUGGUUAUAAGGUUGUGACAGUUAUGUCAUUUAUGCUUUUUAUGUUUCAUAAAUCUAAUUUUAUAUAACAUGAUUGCAGAGAGAUUGCACACAAACACAACUACAAAUGUUAACGGUACUUACAUUCAGUUGAUACUCCAUGUCUCUCCAACAUUUUUUUUUUUUUUGUGUUGUGCUUUUCAUUUUUAUUUUCAAACAAUUCGCUUUUGAAUUUUCUAUCACUGUUAUGGUAAUAUAACAGUGGAGUGUUUAUAACUUUAGAAUUAAAAAAAAAAUAAAGGUUACCAUUCAUCCUUGAAAUAGUGAAAUGAGGCCUACAACUUUAGGGACUUUCCCAUCUUCAACAAUGUGGUAUCGAAAAUUUUAAGUUGCAUAUAAUCAUUGGUGUCAAAUUGUAAAUACUAUGUGAUUAUUAUUUGAAAAGUGUCUCUGUGAUUUAUGUUAAUAGUGAUUCAUACUUCAGUUUGUCUAGUCUAAGACUUUUACUAGUAUUGGGCUCAUCACAUAUCUCUGCAUCCUGGUCCCUUUAAUGCUUGCAUCAGAUUUGAAGAGUUGUAAUGUAUAACAUUGGACCAAUGGGAACUGUGUGUUUCAAUAUUGUAUCAUCUGCAGUUUAUCUGCAUUGUAUAUCUGUUUUGUUUUUUGUUUUGAUGUAUUGUAAAUAUUGUAAAUAUUAAUAUGAUCCGUAUAUUAAUUUAUAAAACCUGUCACUUCAACUUGCAAUUUAGUCCAGACCCCAGAGUCCUUAUGCACAGACCCUGUGACUGAGAAACAUACAAUAUCAAUUUCACAUCUAUAAAAUAGAUUUAUGAUUUGAAGUUUUGAAACAAUGUUUCCUGGUAAAAUCAUUGCCGAAAAAGAACUAAGAUAAAAAAACCUUUGUAUUUGAUGAACACCUUACUGUAAAUCUA